AAAAUCGUUGCAAAGUGGAAGAAAGAAAGAAAGAAAAGAAAGGGUGCGGUGGUGUUGAAGUUGAGUUGUUGUUUCCUCUGAAAAUUCACACACUCCCUUCCCUUCUCUUCGUAUCAGAUCCGAAUCUCUCUUCCCCUCUUUCCCUUCCCUCCUCCUCUCUCCGAUUCGGAUCUCCGAUUCCGGCCACCUGAUUCGCAAUUGGAUCCGCUUGACCUUCCCGCCAUGAACCCUUUCUCCUCCGGCACGCGGCUCAGGGAUAUGAUUCGAGCCAUACGUGCUUGCAAGACUGCAGCAGAAGAACGUGCUGUUGUAAGAAAAGAAUGUGCUGCCAUUCGUGAUUCAAUAAAUGCAAACGAUCAUGACUAUAGGCAUCGAAAUCUGGCUAAGCUAAUGUUCAUCCAUAUGCUUGGUUAUCCCACACAUUUUGGUCAAAUGGAGUGCCUCAAGUUGAUAGCAUCUCCAGGAUUUCCAGAGAAGAGAAUAGGUUAUCUUGGCCUCAUGUUGCUUCUUGAUGAAAGGCAAGAAGUUCUGAUGUUGGUCACCAAUUCUGUAAAACAAGAUCUUAAUCACACAAAUCAGUAUAUUGUGGGACUUGCACUUUGUGCUUUAGGAAACAUUUGUUCAGCAGAAAUGGCUCGGGAUCUUGCACCAGAGGUUGAGAGAUUGCUGCAAUUUCGUGAUCCAAAUAUUCGGAAGAAGGCAGCAUUAUGCUCUAUAAGAAUCAUAAAGAAAGUUCCAGACUUGGCAGAAAAUUUUAUCAAUCCUGCUACUUCCUUACUUAGGGAGAAACAUCAUGGAGUUUUGAUUGCUGGUGUUCAGCUUUGUGCAGAUCUGUGUAAAACUAGCACUGAAGCUCUUGAACAUAUUAGAAAGAAAUGCACAGAUGGUUUGGUCAGAACUCUUAAAGAUCUAGCGAACAGUCCUUAUUCACCAGAGUAUGAUAUUGCUGGCAUCACAGACCCGUUUCUCCACAUCAGAUUGCUUAAACUUUUGCGAGUGUUGGGGGAAGGUGAUGCUGAUGCUAGUGACUCCAUGAAUGACAUACUUGCCCAGGUGGCUACAAAAACCGAGUCCAAUAAAGUUGCAGGGAAUGCCAUUUUAUAUGAGUGUGUUCAAACAAUUAUGAGCAUUGAAGAUAAUGGGGGCUUACGCGUACUUGCCAUCAAUAUCCUGGGAAGGUUCUUAUCAAACCGUGACAACAAUAUCAGAUAUGUGGCGUUAAACAUGCUAAUGAGGGCUGUAACUGCUGAUGCUCAGGCAGUGCAGAGGCACCGUGCAACGAUCCUAGAAUGUGUGAAGGAUUCAGAUGCUUCAAUUCGGAAAAGGGCCCUUGAACUUGUUUACGUUCUGGUGAAUGAAACUAAUGUGAAGCCAUUAGCGAAAGAGCUUAUAGAUUAUCUGGAAGUUAGUGAUCCUGAUUUCAGAGGAGACCUUACCGAAAAAAUUUGCUCCAUAGUUGCAAAGUUUUCGCCAGAGAAGAUCUGGUACAUUGAUCAGAUGCUCAAAGUUCUGUCUGAGGCUGGAAAUUUUGUAAAAGAUGAAGUGUGGUAUGCCUUAAUUGUGGUGAUAAGCAAUGCUUCUGAGCUUCAUGGAUAUACAGUAAGAGCAUUAUACCGGGCAUUUCAAACAUCUGCUGAACAGGAGACUCUAGUUCGAGUUACGGUGUGGUGCAUUGGGGAGUAUGGUGACAUGUUAGUCAAUAAUGUUGGAAUGCUUGACAUAGAAGAUCCAAUAACAGUGACCGAGUCAGAUGCGGUGGAUGUUAUAGAGAUUGCUAUAAAACGUCAUGCAUCAGAUCUUACCACAAAAGCAAUGGCUCUGGUUGCCCUAUUAAAGCUCUCUUCACGUUUCCCUUCAUGUUCAGAGAGGAUCAGGGAAAUUGUUGUUCAGUUCAAAGGGAAUCUUGUGCUAGAAUUGCAGCAGAGAGCUAUUGAAUUUAAUUCAGUCAUUGCAAAGCAUCAAAAUAUUAGGUCUACACUUGUAGAAAGGAUGCCGGUUUUGGAUGAGGCCACUUUCGUUGGUAGGAGGGCUGGGUCUUUGCCAGGCACAGCUUCUACACCAACUGUACCUUCAGUUAGUAUUCCAAAUGGAGUAGUCAAACCUGUGGCUCCUCUUGUAGAUCUACUCGAUCUAAGUUCAGAUGAUGUUCCUGCACCUAGCUCAUCUGGUGGUGAUCUUCUUCAGGACCUUCUUGGUGUUGAUAUGUCAGGGGCAUCACAACAAUCUGGCACUGGUCAAGCUUCAAAAAGUGGCAAAGAUGUUCUUCUGGAUCUUUUAUCUAUCGGAUCACCUUCUGCUCCAAGCAGCUCAUCUACAGUAGACAUCUUAUCCUCCAAUACAAGUAACAAAGCACCAGCUUCACCUUUGGAUGAUCUUUCAUCACUUUCACUGUCUUCAAGAGAAACUUCAAAUGCUGCUCCUAUGAUGGAUUUAUUGGAUAGUUUUUCUCCCAGCCCACCAACAGAAAACAACGGACCAGUUUAUCCAUCUGUGACUGCAUUUGAGAGCAGCUCCUUGAAGUUGACAUUCAAUUUUUCAAAGCAACCAGGAAACCCACAAACAACAUCUAUCCAAGCUACCUUUACGAACUUGUCCCCUAAUACGUAUACAGAUUUUGUUUUCCAGGCAGCCGUUCCUAAGUUUCUUCAAUUGCACUUAGAUCCAGCUAGCAACAAUACUCUCCCUGGAAAUGGGUCCAUAACUCAAACUUUGAGAGUUACAAAUAACCAACAUGGAAAGAAAUCUCUUGUCAUGCGCAUAAGGAUAGCAUACAAGAUAAAUGGCAAAGAUGCACUGGAGGAAGGACAAAUCAGUAAUUUUCCUCGUGAUUUAUGAAGCCAAAAUGGUAAGGGGUCAUUCAGGUGAUACACAAAACCCUUCCGCACACUAGUACCGGUGCAGUUUUCAUGUUUCAUUCCUUUAAAUGAGAGGAAGAGGUUUGGUUCGAGCAAGCGGGACCACUUUUUGGCGCAAAUUUGAAGUCUAUUUGGUGGCUUCACAUCUUUGGUUUGUUUUUUUUCUUCUUCUUUAUUUAGGUUGUUUAUGUACAUUAGUGCAAAAUAUUUCCUGUAUGAAAAUGUUGAAAUCAAAUUUUGCCUCUCAAGGCACUGAGAGUUGUGUUGUGCUGAGAACUUGAGGUGCUCUCUAGCUAUUUUUCCGGAGGUAGUCGCUCUCGGUCUUUGCUGUCUAAAGUUAUAGUGUUGUUGAAUGCAAUUUGGUAAGCCUUAGACAAUUCAUAUAUUAUAUUUGAUUUAUGUAACAUUUUUCUCCCAAAGAUUAAUGAAAUGUUAUCUCAAAAUUAUGUCA